AAUUUUUAGAAUCUGAAACUUCGCCCAUUGCUUUCCCUUGGCUGCUGGUUUGUAUUUCCCCCAGAAUCAAACCCCACCCCACCGCCACAUUUUCAUAACAUCAAUACAUCUCAAAUCUCCAUUUCAAUCUCUUCGUUUUUGGAGUUGCAGUGGAUGGCAAGAACCAACAAGUACACCUCCAUCAACUUCAAUCACGUUCUAGAAAAAAAAAUAUCUCCCGCAACCAACUCAUCUAAACAACCUUCCUCUUCUUCUUAUUCUUCCAUCGCUUCUUCAAAUGGUAGUAACAAGGCUCUGUUACCUUCCUCCAGAACCAAUGGCCGCAUGCUUUUUCUUACCAAACCUACUGCCAAACCCGUAACCUCAAUCUUGCCUUCCCCUCCUUCGUCUCAGCAGCAGCCACAGACUACUCCUUCUCAAAUUCCUGAUCCACCACCGGCGGAUUCGGUUUCUGACCCUAUUUCUCUGCGACCUCUUGGACGAACGGGGACGGGCUCAGAGUCUUUUGUGCCUGUUGUUGUUCCGGAGAGGGAGAAGGAAGUUAGUUCGGUUGUUGUGUCACCAAAACUGAACAAAUUUGUGCCGCCGCAUCUUAGACCGGGUUUUGCAGGCAAGGAGGAGAGACCCACUCCGGAGAUUGUGCGGACGAGGGAGUCGGGUCAAAGGCAUUUUGGAUCUCUAAGUCGGUAUAAAGAUGAUGAGCGGCCCAAGUCGGGUGGAUAUGAGAGGACAAGGAGAGGUGGCGAGUCGGAUCUGGGUUUGCUAAAUCGACCGAGAUCGAGUGGGAAUCGACGUAGUUAUACUGAACCAUGAAAAUGUUGGAAGGGAAUCUGUUUCCUGAGAGUGGAUGUGAACUUUCCUGAAACAAUGGAUGGAUUCACUCCUUACUGUGAUCAGCUGCGUCAUUUGAUAGUCUGAAUUGCGGAACUUUUUGGAGAUAAGUCAAAUUUCAAUUAAUGGAAAACCGGGUGGAACUUGUCGCAACUUCUAAAUCCAAAUUACAGAAUUAGAUCAAAGUUUGUAAUUUUGUGAUGAAGGAGGGGUUUAUGAAGGCUCCAGUCCCAUUCAUUACUUGGGUAAUUAGCUCUUCUUUUCUGUUUAAACAGACCAGAGUAGCUGUGGACGCUAGAAUUUACUUGUGUGAUUUUUCAUGUUUAAUUGUUGUAUUUGUUCCAAGGGGGAGCAUUAUGUACGUAGGCUGUACUCCAGAUAUUUCUGUUUCAUUGCGUCUUUAUCAAUGGAUUUUUAUUCCCACA